CAGUGUACCGAGCCGGAGUCGCUGUUUCCACUCUCUUUUGGCAUUAGUAAGUUGGUACUGAUUGGUGACCCAAACCAACUUCCAGCAACUGUUCUUUCUCAGGUUGCCAAAAAAACUGUUUGAACAGUCACUGUUAAAUCGUCUGUGUUCAAUUAGAAUGUCACCAGAUGAGGAGAAUAAAGAAGGUGUUACGGUGAUAAAGACGCAAUAUCGAAUAGCAAAAGCUGUAUGCAAGUGGCCCUCGAAGUAUUUUUAUGAUGGAAAGCUGGUUACAGCUGAAAGCCUCAUUAGGCACGGACCUUGCGAUGAGUACAGAGUCUUCAACGUGAUCGAUGGCAUUGAACAGCUUGCAGUAGAUCAAAGUUUCAAUAACGAGAAAGAAGCUGAUCUGGUGGCCAAUAUUGUAAGGGUGAUUUUGGAAUCUCCGUUGACCAGUGGGAAAUCUAUUGGCGUCAUCAAUUUUUACAUAAGUCAAAAACAGUGCAUCAUACGAAAACUAAACGAAGCCUCAUCAAGAGUAGAAGUCAACAUAGUUGACAGUUUUCAAGGAAAAGAGAAGGACAUUAUCAUCAUAUCCUGCGUCAGAGCAUCCCAGGCUCUAAAUAAUUUUGGCGGAGGUAUUGGCUUCAUCAGUUCUAAACAAAGAAUCAACGUCGCCAUUACCCGUCCCAAGGAAACCCUUAUAUUCUGCGGGCACUUUCCAACGUUGAAAACGGAUGAGACUUUGCGAAGUAUCAACAUCAAUGCUGAAGGACGACAUUUUGCCCAUGAUGUUUCGAGUAAAUCUGCGUCGGAUUGA